AGUGGGCCGUUAGUCGUGACAUCCGAUGGUCUCACUCUCCUUCCUGCUUUGGGCAGGAAUGAGGCAUUGAAUAAUCAUGAGAGCUGGCAGCGCCCUCGAAACUCUGCAAAGGGCUUUACACAUUUUAUCUCAUUGUCCCCAUCUUACAGAUGGGGAAAGAGAGGCAGACGGGCUCAGUGGCCCAGCUUACACAGCCAGGAAGUGUCUGAGGCUUGAUUUGGACGCGGGUCUGACUUUAGGCCCGAUGCUCUGGGUACUCCGGUGCUUCCUGCCUGCCGCUUUUAGCGCUUAGAUCCUAGUCCUUUUCAGCUUCUACCUGUUCUGUUGUAAGCCCCCUCCCAGCCCUGACGCCCCCUUCUAGGGCCAUUAGCCCACGGCCCCCUCUUGGCCCUCCCCUGGCACCCAGCCUGCUCUUUUGCUCCCUUGCCAGGCAGGUGGAACAUGGCCCAGCCGGUGGGGCUGCAGGCGGACUACACCUUCCGGGGCGUGGAGCACGUGGUGCGCUUAGCUGUCAAUGGGCAGGUUCUGGAGCUGGAGGUGGAGGACAGAAUGACCACUGACCAGUGGCGGGGCGAGUUCGAUGCGGCCUUCAUCGAAGAUCUGACCCACAAGACUGGGAACUUCAAGCAGUUCAGCAUCUUCUGCAGCAUGCUGGAGUCGGCCCUCACGCAGAGCAGUGAGUCUGUCACCUUAGACCUGCUGACCUACAUGGACCUGGAAACCCUUCGGAACCGCAAGGUGGGGCCGCGGCCCGGACCCCCGGGCCCCCGCUCGGCCCAGCUCAACUCCAAGCGUUACCUGAUCUUGAUCUACUCGGUGGAGUUUGACAGGAUCCACUACCCGCUGCCCCUGCCCUACCAGGGCAAGCCUGACCCCGUGGUCCUUCAGGGCAUCAUUCGGUCCCUGAAGGAGGAGCUGGCAGAGCUCCGGUCCCGGGACGGGCGGGACGCCGAAAUCCGCCACCUUCGGGAGCAGCUGUCGCGGGCGGUCACUGAGAAGAGGGAGCUGGAGGUGGCCCUGGACCGGGCCCGAGAAGAGGCCGGGAGCCGGGCCCCGACUCACCGGGAGGUGGCCGUGCUCAAGGCCAUGGUGGCCAACCUGGAGGAAGAACUGAGGCGGGAGCGGGGCCAGCACCACCGGACCGCCGGACGUCGGGGCCAGGAGUGCCGGCGACUGACCCAGGAGCUGGAGGAGGUGAAGUCGUCGGAGCGGAGCCUGCGGGCCCGGCUGAAGUACCUGUCCAGCGAGCUGGCCCAGUACAAGCAGGGGAGGCGCACCCCGUCCUCCCGACUGUCUCCCCAGCCCCGGAAGGAGCAGCGGCGAGCGGCGUCUCAGGAGAGGGCGGCGUCCUGGGGCCGGGGCCGCCCCCGAUCCUCGUCCCAGGAGAGCGGCCGGGGCCUGACCCGCCGCUCGCCCUCCCCCCCAGGCAUCCGGGCGCCCCGCUUCGACCCCACUGCCUUUGUGAAGGCCAAAGAGCGGAAGCAGAAGGAGCUCAAGUUGAAGAACCAACAGAGGAACCGGAGGGGCCCCGGGGAAGGCUCGGGGAGCUGGGGUCGACCCCGGGUUCGUAGCGCAUGCCCAGUGUCGAGAGAGGAAGGGGCCCUCAGGGGCCGCACACGGAGCUCCUCUGUGGAGAGCUUCCGGAGCCGUCACUCAUCACUGAGCUCCGCCAGCGAGUUUGAGGAUUUCGGCAAUCCAACUUCUCGAGGGCUUCGGAGGCAGCCCAGGCUCCGGAAGCCCCUGAGUCCCUCCUCCUGGAACGGCUCUGGGGAGAUACCCCUGCUGGACGGCGGCCACAGAAGACGCCAGACUAGCAGCACCCCGACCCCAAGGGGCCAGACCUUUGGCAAAGAAAACACGUUUGAGGAGCCGUCGGCCGACCUGUCCGAGAUCGAUGCCCGCCUGCAGGCCCUGCAGGAGUACAUGAACAGGCUGGAUACGAGGACGUGACCCCCCGGGAGGCCUGGGCCCCUUCUUCUCCGGAGCCCCCAGCGGCAGACCAGAACUUGGGGGGCUCAGCCCUAGUGCCAGGGAGUGAGGUCCGGGAGGCGUCCGUGUGUCUGUCUGUGUGUGUGUGUCUGGGGGGUGCAGGGACUGGGGGGACAGAUCAUGUAAAUAAAGGGGUUGCUCAGUUUCCCCUG